AUGGACAACAAAACAACAGGAAAAUUAGAAGGUUCAAACACUGGAUUACGCAUUUCCUAUAACUUUCAGAGCCCUGCUCCAGCUGUACUUUGUUCAGUUCAUCAGCUGGAAUUUAAAACUAGCCUUUUGGAAGUGGUUGAGGAGCUUCAUAUUUGUCGUGCUGCAGAAAGUCGGUAUGAAGAACAAAUCAGUGAACUUGUGGUGGAGAAGCAAGAACUAGAAUGGCAAAAGGAAUCAUUACAGCAUCAAUACAAUGCACUAUCCAGUCAGCAUGAAGAAACCAUAAUUUCUCUGAAAAAACAGUUUCAGACACAGGUAAAUGCCGCAGAAGAGGAAAAGGGAAAAUUCCAGCUUAGCUCAGAGGCAAAAGAAAGAGAAAUCAAUGGACUUAAGGAAGAAUUAAAAGUGCUGCAGGUUUCCAAGUAUAAUCUGGAGAAGAAACUGAGUGAGCUGGAGCAAAAAGUACGUUUGCAGAACAUAGCAAAGGAUAACCAGCUUAGUCAACUGAGUAAAGUUGAGAAACGGUUUGCAGCAAUAAGUCAUCAGUGUGGGUUAGUCAUACAAGCUCAUGGAAAACUAGAGCAGAAUGUGGAUGAAGCAACAAGAUUGAACAAGAAGCUAAUGACUGUGAAUAAAAAUCAGGAGAAUGCUAUACAUGACUUAAAACAGGAACUGGAGAAAGUAACUGCGGACUUGAUAAGAUCCAAGGUCACUUCUCAGUACAAUCUGGGCGAAGACAACAUCCAUCUUACAACACAGCAACAACAGCUGCAAGAACUGAAGCAGAAACUGCAGAUGGAAAUUGAAUUAAACAAGAAACUGUCUAAAGAUACAUCAGCUGUUCAAGAAGAGAAACAGGAAGUUUUGAAGUUGUUUCAACAAACUCAGCAGCUGCUACAGCGGCAGGAACUGGCUCUAGGGAGAGCUGAAAAGGAGCUGAAACAUUUUGGGGAGAAGCAUCAGGUUCUGGAAAGGGAUAAUGAGCUGCUCCGGGAGAAGGCAAAUGAAAACGAUGAUAAAUUUCAGAUUCUUGAGAGAGAAAAUGAAAAGACUACAGCACAGUGGAAAAAGGAGGAGAGUCAAUUAAAUGAAGAAAAUCAACAAAUUAAAUCUGAGUUGGAAUCACUCAGAAAGGCUCGUGCAACAUGCCAAGAGGUUGGUAAUAAUCUUGCUCCACAGGGUGUACAGGAAGAACAACAAUUGGAGACACAGCAGAAUAUCUUACAACAUCUUGAGCCACCUACAUUAGAGGGGACAUCAGAACUGCAGACUAGUGUGAGCAAGACAUUAAUGAUUACUAAUAGUGAAAUGCUAUUAGGAAUUCACUGUCAAAUACUGAAGGAAGACGAUGAAAUGUCCAAUGGGCUAGACAUCAAAAACCAAGGGAGCAGCAACCAGGAUGGAAUGGUUACCACAGAUAUUACAGUUAAAAACAGCAAUGAAUUUUCACCAGACAUUGCUAAGCAAGCUGCAGAAAUGCCAGGGCAAGCGACUGAUAAUGGGGCCAUUUUGGUGAAUGAAAAAGAGUGCAUCAGUCUAUCGACUGUGGACGGUAAUAUUGAAGAGCCCAAAGUCAUUCAUGAAGGUAAAACAGGAAGCAUUUUCAAUGAAAUGGAAUGUGCAAGUGCAGAACUCGAGUCGCAAUACAGUUCUAUCUGUUUGGCAGAGGUCCCAGUGGAAGGAGGAAAGAUGCUCUCAGACAGUGCUGAUGCAUUGGGUGUCUGCAGUGCAGAUGUGGGUCAGCAGACAGGCUCCAUCGCACAUAAAUUUGAUGGAGGCAAAAAUGAUACAAAUGAUAAGACUGAAACCACACAGUGUGACAAAGGUGUCUUUAUAAAUGAACCACCCAGGACUGAAGCCAGAGCAGCUUUUAGCAGUGAUGAGAUUUUGACAAAGGAAACUAGUGCAAAUGAAAUAAGAUUAGAUAUAAACCAAGCUCAGCACCAUACUGUUUCUGAUUUUGACUCUCAAUUAGUAAUUAAAAAUGAGCAGAGCACCAUUUUACAGCAGCAGCAGCAAGGAUGUCACAGCCAAGCACUCAUUAUCAUGGAAGAAAACUGUGUUAACAAUGAUACAAUCAGACUUUCCCCAUUGCUUAAUCCUUGCAGUAAGUCGGAGGUCAGUUUCACAAAGUUACCCACUGACCAGCCCGAUCAAAGCAUUCUAUCUGAAAACUGUAAAGAUAACACUAAUGUUGAACCUGACAGUAAAAUAGACAUUUCAAGUGAAAUUUCUAGCGACCAAGGGACAGAUAUUACCCAGGAAGUUGGUAGUAAUCCAGAGAAUAAUUUUACUAAUGCCAACAGUCAGCAGAAAGUAACAAAUGAUACGGAAGUUCUUAUUUCUGACAGCAAAACAGCUGGAUGUGUGGAUAUAAUUGAGCCUGUUGCUGGAGCCUUGAGAAAUCUUGAAUAUCUACAAGGCAAUGUGGCUCAAAAGAAAGACUGUGUGUACGGUAACCACUCAUUAAACUCCACACGCAAUAUUGACCAUGGUGUGGUUGUAACCCCAAACUCCCAGGUUAUGGAGGAAGUUCACAACAGUGCAACUGUUUCUGCAGUCGUGGAAAGUGGGCAAGGAGCAAUUAGUAAAAUAGGUUUAUGCACUGAAAUACGAGAAGUCUCCUCCAAGACAACAGAAAAUGAAUUGAAAUCCAUCUUUAUAAAUACUGCAUUCAAUCCAAUUACAACCAGGAGUGAAGAUCACAGAGAUGAAACGACAACUUCUGAGGUAGAUGCUGCAAGCAGCAAAACAACAGCAACUCACUAUUACUGGAAAUCUCAUAGUCUGCCUUCUCUGGCCUCCAGAAAGGAUGUGUCGAACAAAGCCACGAUGUCACUCCCAUUCUCAUUGCACAGAGACAAAUUGGAGGCUCCUGCCACAAUCAGAAAGGCCCCUUUAAUAUUCACUUUCGCAAAAUCCAUCAGUGAAAUGAAUCUGACAAGGCCAAGUGUAGCAGAUUCUCCCAGUACUAAAAGGGUGAAUGACACUUUUAAUACCUCCAGUGUUCCUCUUUACCCCAAGAGAAUUUCCAAAGAAGAUUGGAAUGCAAUAGCACAGACGUUUUGUGAUUUUUCACGGCCUCCAGAGCAGGAGAAACACAGCUCACCUUCAAGUGAAAGUUUCAAGAUGCCUUGCCUGCCUGCCUUCAUGAGUCAUAAGCAGCCUACAGAAUAUUGCUCCCAAGUGCCAAAAAUAGCCAUGUCCACUACCGAAAAUCUAAUGUUUGAGGAUGAAUGUGAUACUCAAUAUUCCACCGUGAAAGGACAAAUCGAUAAAAUCGAGAAGUUUCUGUGUGUGGACCGACUCAAGCAAACACGAAAAAGGAAAGCUGCUGACAACGCAAAUGAGGGGAUAAUCAAGACCACACCAAAUUAGCCUCAUUUUUACUUGUGUACAAUUUCUAUUGAGGUUCAACUAAUUAUGGGAGCCACAGCAUUGGAAGUUGCUUUAUCAGUGAAGUUACUUGCGGUGGUUACCAAGUUCAGCUGUAAAUUAGACUUCAAUUACACAAUAUUGACAAUGAGCAAACAUUGUUUUAUUUGGUACUUGAAAGUUACAAAUUAUUCCCAUAAAUAGGAUAUUUACUGGAAAGUUGUUGCUGUUGUCGAAAUUGAAUGUUUGAAAGUUUUUGGUCUUCACGCAGUGGAAAGGCUGAGUAGGCUGUUCCGGACCUGGUUCAAGUUCUGUUUCCAGGAG